AUGAUAGAGGAAUUUGGUCCUCAACCACCACAUAAAUGGUUAACUCUAUCAUAUAUGGGUUACGUGAUAGCAAAUCGUUAUAAUGUUGUACUUGUCUGUUUAGGAAUUGAAUGCUGGACUUUCUUCCCUAUGACAACUUCAUUUUCACCAAAUGUAACAAUUUACUGCAUUGGUUUUGUAAACAGAAAUCAUUGGGUUCAGGUAAACAUGAAAGAAGGGUUUCCAUUGCCACCAGUGACAGAGAUUGGAAGAAGUUUCGUUCUCCAUCAGCAACAUUUUGGAUGCUAG